AUGACCGACUACUCGGCAUGGAAGGUGGUUGAUCUGAAAGCAGAGUUGAAACGGCGCGGUAUUCCCCAGACAGGUCUCAGGGUCAAACAGAAUUUCAUCGAUAAACUUGUUGAGGAAGAUGAGAAGCGACAGGAUAGUGGCGCGGAUGACGACUCGGCACCCGCCCAAGCUAUGCCAGACGAUGCUCAACCUGUCACCUCUGAGCAAACCACAAACGAACCUGCUGCCGACGGGCGUCAGCCCGAAGAAUCCAAGUCGCCAGUGAGAGCACCCGAGCCCGUACAACCGCGCGAACAAGAAACACAAGAACAAGCGCAGGAGCCAGAGGAUCAGAAAGACGAAGCAGAGACCGAGCACGCCCAGCCGGAAUCUGUGGUGGAGGAACAGAAGGCCGGCGAAGACACGGAAAAAAAGUUGGAGGAGAUGCCACAACAGAUACAGCAAGAGAACCUUGACCAGGAAGCACAAGAUGCUCAGACCAAGCCUGCUAAUGGGGUGACUGCUGAGACCGAGCACCCUGCGAAACCAGUUGAGCAGGCUCCCGAACCCGCAGAAGAGGUGCAGCCCACACCCACAGAGCAAGUUACCGAGAAACUCACUGCUGAUGAGAGUGCUGUGACUCUUCCCUCUUCCGUACCAACCGAGGGGUCAACCCCCGUACCGGUUGACGAGGCUAUUGAAGAUAGUCGGAAGCGCAAGCGUCGCAGUCAAAGUCCCAUCCCAACAGCGGAGGCAGUGGCAAGUAAGAAGGCCAAGGCGCAAGAGGAAUCACCCAAGGUCAUACUCCCUGAGGAUAACGAUGCGAUGGAGGUAGAAGAAACCACGCAAAAGGACCCGGCUCCCGAAGAGCCCUCGACCAAACAACCUCUUGAUCAACAUGCCGACGAAGGAGAAACUGUGCAACAUAAAGAUACUCGCCGCGCAUCGCUGACAGAUGAUAUGCGUGCCAAAGGAGGCGCUCACAUCAAGCAGGACGCGCGUUUCAAAGGUCUUUUCGCACCUACGGAGAGGGAGCAGGUUCGCCCUCCAUCCCCACCAGCUGAUACUACAAUGGGGGAUGUAGAAGUUGAGCCAGCGGUUCAUGUUGCAACACCAGCCUUGUACAUUGAUGGUCUGAUGCGUCCACUCCAGCCUGCUGCCCUUCGAAACCACUUAGUUAGCAUCGCAACUGCCCCUGGCUCUUCACCAGACCCUGAUGUGGUCGUUGACUUCUAUUUGGACCCCAUCAAAACACAUUCUUUCGUUGGCUUCUCCAGCAUAUCUGCCGCUUCGAGGGCCCGAUCUGCCUUGCAUGGCAAUGUAUGGCCGAAUGAGCGCAACAGGAAAGCCUUGUUUGUCGAUUUCAUCCCUGAGACCAAACUGGAGCAAUGGAUCGCAAAGGAGGAAGAAUCGCGCGGGCGCGGUGGUCCUCCUGCUCGGUUUGAGGUCAAAUAUGAACAGACUGACAACGGCAUCGAGGCUGUCUUGCAGGAAGUUGAUCCAAAGAACGCCACCUCUCGUCAAGCUCCAACACAGGCCUCCGGGGACUUCUCUCGUCCUCCUCCUUCAGGGCCCCGAGCGAGCAUGGCCAACGUGGAUCGUCGUCCUAGUGGCCCUCCACCUCCAGAGCCUCAGUCUAGACCAGGACAAGGAUUCAAGCCGCUAGAUGAUCUAUUCGAAUCUACCAAGACUAAACCAAAACUGUAUUAUCUUCCCGUUCCGCGAGAGGUAGCGGACCGACGUCUAGAUCGAUUUGACGACCUCUUGCGGAAGGGUUCAUUUCCGCGCCGUGGGGGAGACGAGACCAGACGGAUCACCUUCGAAGACGAGGAUUUAUUUGUCGAUCAAGGGCCUGAAUACGGGGCUCGCAGCGCCCGAGGGCCCCGCGGACGCGGACGCGGUCGCGGAGGUGGCAUGAGACAGUCAUGGAGGGGUGACCGGCGAGGGCAUGAUUAG